AUGGCGCCGCCCGCGGCCCCUCUCUGCGCGCCGCGGGCAGGAGCAGCCCGGCCGGGCCGCAGGCGGGGACGGAGGCCGGGGGCCGUGCGGUUCGCCGACGUGGCCGUGUACUUCUCCCGGGAGGAGUGGGCGUGUCUGCGGCCCGCGCAGAGGGCCCUGUACCGGGACGUGAUGCGCGAGACCUACGGCCACCUGGGCGCGCUCGGCUGUGCAGGUGCCAAGCCAGCCCUCAUCUCCUGGUUGGAACGGAACGCCGAUGCCUGGGAGCCGGCAGCCCUGGAUCCGCAGGAGUGCCCGAGAGCGCUAACGGUCCAGAGAAAGACCCGAGCCAGAAAGAAGAACGAGGAGAAGGCAGUAUUCCCCUCUAAGGAGGCACCCCGGAAGGGAAAGAGAGGGCGCCGCCCCAGCAAACCCCGACUCGUCCCCAGGCAGACUUCAGGGGCCCCCAUCUGCCCCGACUGUGGCUGUACCUUCCCCGACCCCCCGGCCCUGGCCAGCCACAAGUGCGCCCAGAAUCUGAAAAAGCCUUAUCCCUGCCCAGACUGUGGGCGCCGCUUUUCCUACCCGUCCCUGCUGGUCAGCCACCGGCGGGCACACUCGGGGGAGUGCCCGUACGUUUGCGACCAGUGUGGCAAACGUUUCUCCCAGCGCAAGAACCUCUCCCAGCACCAGGUAAUCCACACCGGGGAGAAGCCCUACCACUGCCCGGACUGCGGCCGCUGCUUCCGCAGGAGCCGCUCGCUGGCCAACCACCGGACCACGCACACGGGCGAGAAGCCCCACCAGUGCGCCAGCUGCGGCCGCCGCUUCGCCUACCCGUCGCUGCUGGCCAUCCACCAGCGGACGCACACGGGAGAGAAGCCCUACACCUGCCCGGAGUGCAGUCGCCGCUUCCGCCAGCGCACGGCCCUGGUCAUCCACCAGCGGAUCCACACGGGCGAGAAGCCCUACCCGUGCCCAGACUGCGAGCGCCGCUUCUCGUCCUCCUCGCGCCUGGUCAGCCACCGGCGGGUGCACUCCGGGGAGCGGCCGUACGCCUGCGAGCACUGCGACGCCCGCUUCUCGCAGCGCAGCACGCUGCUCCAGCACCAGCUGCUGCACACCGGGGAGAAGCCCUACCCCUGCCCGGACUGCGGCCGUGCCUUCCGGCGGAGCGGCUCGCUCGCCAUCCACCGCAGCACGCACACCGAGGAGAAGCUGUACGCGUGCGAGGACUGCGGCCGCCGCUUUGCCUACCCGUCGCUCCUGGCCAGCCACCAGCGCGUGCACUCGGGCGAGCGGCCCUAUGCCUGUGACCUGUGCUCCAAGCGCUUUGCCCAGUGGAGCCACCUGGCCCAGCACCAGCUUCUGCACACGGGCGAGAAGCCUUUCCCUUGCCUGGAGUGUGGCCGCUGCUUCCGCCAGAGGUGGUCUCUGGCUGUGCACAAGUGUAACCCCAGGGCCCCCAACUGUAGCCCUCGAGCUACUAAAGAGGGGCCCAGGCAGAAAGCCAGUGCCCUGUCGCGUGGGAAGGACUGUGUAAGUUAGGGAUCCCCACCCCUUCCUUGGAUGGAUGCCCAGAGAAGGGAAAGAGGAGCCCCAGGCAUUUCAGGGGCUCCGGCUACAAGAAGAACCCUUUAGAAUAUUCUACCUGCUGGCUGCCUUACUGUGUGUGUGUGUGUGUGUGUGUGUGUGUGUGUGUGUGUGUGUGUCUUGAACAGGCAACCCCACUGGGAGAGGUGACACCAUUCCCUAACAGUUUUGCAAGCCAUCCUAUCCUAAAAUCCUCUCUGUGUCUGCACAUCUGGCCCAGAAGUUCCUCCCCACCCACCCCUCACCCCACCUCGGCCUAUUUUCAAGUUCGUCGGCUUCUUUACUUUGUGCAGCGAGGAGAAUCUCUGGGAGGCAGGCCUUUCCUAUGCUGCCUCUUUGUUUGUAGGAGGCUUGAAAGAACUGGUCGAGUUCUCUUUUCCCAGCCCUCCUGCCCACUGCUCAUCUACCCCUUGCUCGAAAGCCUUUCUUGACAGGGAGCUCACUACCUCAGGAGGCAGGCCAUUUCUCUGUGGGAUAGCUCUGGUCUUCAGGAGGGUUGAGAACUGCAUUCUUCCCUGUAAGCCUUACCUCGGAUCUGCUUAGUCCCAUCAGAUACCUGCUGGUCACAACCCCUUGGCCCCACUCAUUCAGUCAGGCGUCUCCUAUUAAAGAGAGUGUCCGUUUCCACAGGACCUCUUGCCAAAUGGGUUUGCCAGUGUCCCUUUGACAAAGGCCAGACAGGAGUAAGCUAGCAUCACCUUGUUCACCGUGUACCUUCCCCAGGUCUGUGCUCAUCUUAAAGCCUAGAUUACAUCGGAUUGGGGGGCAGCCACACACCACACCAUGGGUUUACAGUGUGCAUAGACAUUUACAUGCCCCCAGUGUUACAAACAGCAUGCAAUGAAGCUAAGCCUUCUGAACCCUGAGUGUAGAAAAUUGGGUCACAGGGAGCCGUGGGAUAUUGAUUUCAAGAAAAAGCAAGGGAGCUCUCUGUUCAGAACAGCCAAGAAAACCAAAAAGAGAGAAGAGGGCCUGCUGUGAUGCUUCCUCUUGUGUCCCAGGGUGGCAAGAGCCCUGGUGGUGUAAUGAUGACAUGCUGGGCGACCAUCUCCAAGGUCAGCAGUUCAAAACCAUCAGCAGCUUUCAGCUCCAGUGAACAAUUACUGGUGGAAACACACAGGGGCAGUUCUACCCUGUCCUCUCGGGCUCCUGCGAGUCAGUAUGGGCAGUGAGUGGGUGUGGCCCAGUAUUCGUUCCAGGCCGCCAGGGGCUGGGAACCCCUGGACAACUGGAUCUCUGCCCUCCCAGAUUCUCUUCAGGAUGGGAAUCAGCACAACCUCCCAUCAGGCCUCGGUCAAUAUUUUUCCUCCAUUGAGGUCCAGGAAACAGGAAGUGUUCCUGCUGGCCUCCCUCAUGGAAGCUCCUGAGGGGCACUCCCUGGUGCCCACCUCUGAGUAGAUGUUAAGUUUUACGCAAUCAAACGUGAACAAGGCCUCUCAUUUUGCCUUGGGAGCUGCGCCAAAUUAGAAUCUCCACACCUGAUGGACUCUCCAGCAGCAGGAGUGGAUCAGCCUCCUGCUCGGCCGCUGCAGCUUUCCGCUCUCUAGAUCUCCAGCCCGCAGGGAGGGGAACAGCUGGAGAGCCUGGCUUAGCCGUUUUAAAUGACCUCUGUUCUGGUACUUAGCAGCAGAACUUUCACUUAGCCUGAGGAGCUACCUACCCCAAGGCAGGGACCCUACCAGACUGGGUCUCCUUAAACGUUUCUGAUGGGUGAAUUCUGUUCCUUGUGCAAUGACUGUUGUUUCCAAAGUGAAAGUUCCCCUUCUGAUGGCGACCUGUUUCCGGUCAGAGCAGAGACCCGUUUAGAAUGCUUGUUUUAGACCCGGCUCCUUUCUCUACCCUCUGUCACCCGGUUGACCCAACUACGUGCAUACUUGAGAACUCCGCUUCUAUCAUGCUCAUCCUCAUAGUUGGGCCUGGAGUCUCGACAUCUGUCCCCUGGGGACUUGGCUCCGCGGACUCUUCCUUUCUCUCUUCUAAUAGUCCCAGAAUCCUCCUCCUGUCCCAAGCCUAACAGACCUCUAAACCUGCCCAAAGGUAUCUUUCAAAGACAAACCCACAAAAAAGAACUUCCGUUGUGCUCUCUCCUUAUCGCCAAUGUCCAGCUGCAUGUUCUGAAGGACAGUGUACAUUCCCCAGGCCCACUCCUGUCUGUCUGUUUGACUUGACCUGUCGGCGUGUGCUGUCUGGGUGAGUCCCACUCAGGGAUCCUGUAGGACCGAGCAGAACUGCCCCACAGAGGUUCUCAGAUCACCAGGUCUUUGCUCCCACUGAGCCACGGAGGGAUUUGAACCACCAACCUUUACGCAGCUGAGUGCUUACCCACUGUGUCACCAGGAUGACUUUUACUGGGCCUACAAGAAUAUUAAUAAUAGCUACCUUUAUUGAACAUUUAUGAUAGUCCAGGUAAAGCACUUUAUGUAUAGUACAGUCUCUUUUUAAAAAAUGUUUUAUUGUGGUCAAAUACAUAUAACAAAAUCUGCCAUGUGAACCGAUUUUGAGUACAUAAUUUAGUGACCUUCAUUGUAUUGACAGUGUUACCCCAAACAAGAACUCUGUUCCAUCUCCCCCUUUCCCCCAGCUCAUGGCAACCACAAAUCUAGUUUGUCUCGACAUUGGCUACUGUGACCAGUACUGCAAUUAGCAUUGGUGUACAUGCGUCUGCCUGCGUCCCUGCUUUCCAGUUCUGUGUAACCACUAACCUGGUUUCUGUUUCCAUGGUCUGCACUUCCCUAUCGCUAUUUCAUCUAAGUGAUAAUAUGUAUGUGUUCUGUGUUUCGCUUCCCUGAGCACAAUAGUUUUCAAGCUCAUCCAUGUAUCCAGUCUAAUUUUCAUCAGAAUCUUCUAAAAUAGAUGCUGGGAGACACUCCUCAUAUUAUCGAUAAGCCCCAAACGCUAGACUCUGAUAACGCUUCAUUGAGGUCAUUUCUCAAGGUCAUGUUUGCAGCAAGCACCUUUGAGGGAUGAUGUCAUGGAUCCAGGUGAGACAGAGAGCAGCUUGCCAGCUGUUUGAGACAGGUUCCCCAAACUCGGUGUUCUUCUGACAUACAAUUCACUAUGAGUCUCGCCUUUAUCUGGCCCUCCAUGUCGACUCUUUGGAAUUUGAGGGGAAAAGAAGCCGAUGAACACAGGAUGCCUCUGCCGCUUCCAGGGUUAUGGAGAUAAGGUCCUUUGUCUCUAAGUAGGCUCGCUUUGGCAAUAGAGCCAGCAUUCUUAAGACAGUAACCUUAACUCGUAAGCUUAUAAGAUGAACUUCAGUUCUAGACCCCAAACAUAAGCCCAUAGCUGUCGAGUCAACCCCAAGUCAUAACAAAUGUACAGGACAACCACCCCACAGGGUUUCCAAAGUAAGCAUCCUUAGGGAAGCAGCUGCCAUAGCUGCCCGUCGGCCUGGUCACCUUUUGGUUAGCAGUCAAGCUCUUGACCAUUGUGUCACCAGGACUCUCUCAGACUCCACCCAAACCCAACCCAACCCAACUCCCUGCUAUUAAGCCAAUUCACAGCAACCCUGACGAGAAAACAGGUUCAGUGGCCUUUAAGGUAACUGAUGGCCUAGAUAAUAAACCAAUACUUCAGUUUU